CCUCGCCCCCCCCCCCCGUUCCAACCUGCUUCCUGUUGGGGUCUCAGGCUGGGCAGUGGCGCUAGGCAGGACCUUGGGCUGGAGGUUUCAGGCCUGCCGGGCCCCUUGGCCUCCGGGAGACAAAGUGCCAGGACUCAGAGGGGAAGCGCGCAGUAAGGGCACGAAGGGGUCGGGGAUGGGAUCGGACUCCCGGGCGACAGUCCUGGAGUAACAGGCCGGGCUGUGCCCCGCGAACUCAGGAGAAGAGGCCCAAGAGUCCCUCUCGCAAACCCCUGCGCGACAGUGAUGGUGGGGGGCCCGGCAGACCUUGGCCAGGGAAGAGUGGAGCUGGCCUGGGGGGUUAGGGACCUUCGCGCUCGCUCCGGGUUGCGGCGCGGGCAGCUGGUGCAGUCAUGCAGCUCCUGAAGUGGGAGAGCUGGGACACGGGGAGGUGGCCCGCGGAGCGCGCGCCCAGCCACCCCAGGUCAGUCCAGAACGAGCUCUGGACAUCUGUGGGUGCACGGCUCGGGGGGCGGCGGCCGGGCGGGGAGCGGUGCCGGCGCCCUCCGAGGCCCCCAAGGGCAGGGCUGUCCCUAACUCCGGCUGCCGGGGGCGCCCGUGAUUGGCCGAGGGUCGGUGGCCAGCGCGCGGAUUGGCUGCUUGGAGGCCAGGGGCCGGGCAGGCGGGGUGGAUCCGCCCCCGAACCUUCAAAUGGGAAGCCCCCCCAGAGGCGCCCGCAGAUCCGAGGCUGUGCCAGACCCGCCGGGGCCGCGGACCGGAGGCGGUGAGCCGAGCGCCCGGGCGCAGAGGCACCAGGGCCCGCUCAGGGCGCCCAGCCGUUCCACCGAGGCACCGCCGCGCCCCGCCCCGAGGCCCGGGGGCCGUCGGGCGCCCGUCUCGCCUCCAGCCAUGGGGUCGGCGGCGCUGGAGAUCCUCGGCCUGGUGCUGUGCCUGGUGGGCUGGGUGGGCCUGAUCCUGGCGUGCGGGCUGCCCAUGUGGCAGGUGACCGCCUUCCUGGACCACAACAUCGUGACGGCGCAGACCACCUGGAAGGGGCUGUGGAUGUCGUGCGUGGUGCAGAGCACGGGGCACAUGCAGUGCAAGGUGUACGACUCGGUGCUGGCGCUGAGCACCGAGGUGCAGGCGGCGCGGGCUCUCACCGUGGGCGCCGUGCUGCUGGCGCUCGUCGCGCUCUUCGUGACCCUGGCGGGCGCGCAGUGCACCACCUGCGUGGCCCCCGGGCCGGCCAAGGCGCGCGUGGCCCUGACGGGCGGCGCGCUCUACGCGCUGUGCGGGCUGCUGGCGCUCGUGCCGCUCUGCUGGUUCGCCAACAUCGUGGUCCGCGAGUUCUACGACCCGACCGUGCCCAUGUCGCAGAAGUACGAGCUGGGCGCGGCGCUGUACAUCGGCUGGGCGGCCUCGGCGCUGCUCAUGUGCGGCGGCGGCCUCGUGUGCUGCGGCGCCUGGGUGUGCGCCGGCCGCCCCGACUUCAGCUUCCCGGUCAAGUACUCCGCGCCGCGGCGGCCCACGGCCACCGGCGACUACGACAAGAAGAACUACGUCUGAGGGCGCGGGACUCGGCGGGGCCCCCGGCGCCAGCCCCUCUCCCGAGCGGGCCGCCCGGGCCUGGGAGCCCCGCGUGGGCCCCCCCGGAAAGGCGGGCUCUGGGCUGGACGUGGCGCGCUGACCGGCGGGGACCCUGCUCGCGGCCUCAGCGCGUCCUCUCCAGGCGCCACUAGCCGCGCCCUGGGGCCACGCACUUGGGAGGACUUGCCGGUCUCUUUCUCUGGGCGCAGAGCUUGCUCGGAUGCGGGCGGGGCGCGGGUCCCUUUGGCUGAGCGGGCAAUGGACCGAAAUGCGAUUCCCUCCCGGACCCUCAAGGUCUUGGACGCCGUCAUCCUCCCCAGCGGCUCCUGCUGCCUCCAGCGGGGCAGACGGAGAGCCCAGGGGCCGCGGGCUGGGCUGUCGGAGGGGUGCGGACAGCUGGCCUUUACCCCAGCAGCGGGGCCUGAGCCUAGGCGGACUAAGACUUGGCCUGGACGUCCCUGCCUCCCCCAGCAGCUCCCUAGGAGAGGCUUAUGGGCACCAGGUCCUGAGUGUGGAGCUGGGGCUCUGUCCUCCGCUGCAGCUUGUGGGGAGGGUAAGAAUUUGCUUAGUAAAUGGUUUGAAUACCCUCC